CGGUGGCCACGUACGGCUCCCUGCUCCAACGGCUGUCCCACGGUCUGCUCGUCAACGGCAGACAACUUUUAUCAGUCAACCGUCGCUACUUUAACGACAUUUUAGCUAUUUUAACUACUUUAAAGCACUUUUUUUUUGCUCACAGCGGUGCGGAGGAUGAAGUUUUGAAUGAAGGUUCCCCGCUGGGACUGUAACGCGGGAGGAGGAGGGGGCAGUUGGCGGGGUCGCCCAGGCUAUCGGAUCUGAGAUCUGCUCACAUUUAUAACCAGACAGACGGCGGCUUGUUUCGGGGCAGAGCCGAGCUGAGCGGACGGAGCAGCUUCACGAGCAGGACGCGGAGUUUUUAACUUUUAAUCCUUCACACCGGACGAUAAACACAACGGGAAGGUUUGGAUUAACAGCAAAGUUUCUGCUCGUGUCUGGACCCUCGUCUUCUGUCUACAGGCUGCUGGACUGUAAGCUAAUAACUCACUGUGGAAAUACCACUCUUCAACAGACUGGUGAUUUAGUCAGGCUUAAGCUUUUAAAUAGAACUACUUGUUACUUCACUUCAUUAAAGUAGAGACACAAAGUAUCGUCAAAAUGGAUAAAUACGAGGAUUUAGGACUCGAGGCGAGUAAGUUUAUCGAGGACCUGAACAUGUAUGAAGCAUCCAGAGAUGGUUUAUUUCGUAUGAGGAGGGAUGCAGGAAACAACCCCGACUUUGAAGAGACAAGGAGAGUUUUUGCCUCUAAAAUGACUAAGAUACACAUGCAGAAACAGCAAGAGGAGAUGGCAAAAAACAACCAGGUUAUGAAAAUGAAUGGGGGCCACAAUAGUACAUAUUACACCAAAGACAGACCGCCCAUCAAUAGUUUCAGACAGCCGUGUGAAGCGGCAGCGAAGCCCCCGAUACUCUCUGGCCCUGUGCCAGGCACCACGGCUGGGAACCAGUACGCACAGUUUGACGGCCAGAAACACCACACGGGCAUCCAGUCUGAACUUCCAGGCGGCAGGGCAUAUGGCUACGGAAACAAUUACGAUAAUAAGGAGCGUUCAGAGCCACAGUCAUCUCAGCACAACACCCCUGCUCCCCCCAGUCCAGGAAACGCGUCUCACAGCGCGCCCACACAUGCUCGUCACCCUGUCAGCCAGCCGGCUGCCUGGGCCCCAUCCAGAGAGAGCCAGCUUUCCCCAUCUUUGUCUGGCUCUGUGGGCAGCACCACUUCUCAGCAGCAGCCUAAGCGUCAGUCUGCACCUUCCACCGCCAACAGUCACCCACCCCAGCAGAAUCAGGCUGUCACCCCGUCUGUAAACCUGAGUCCUUCCUCAUCUGCAGGGCCAGCCAGGGGUUGGGCUACAGAGCCCUCUGGCUCAGCCAAACCUGACCUCAUCCCUGCCCUGCCUCUGAGUGCCUUCACAGCAGGAGCUGACUUCCACGUGCAGCAGCCCUCCACACACUCUGCAGCCCAUUACGCACCAUCUUCUCCAACUUCGAGACCAUCUACCAGCCAUAAUGGUCCCGUGACAGCUUCCUCACCCCUGCCUGUACCCUUUGAAACACCUCUACCUAAAGCCCAGGUGCCAUCUGCUGGCUUGAUUCCUGGCAGUGUCUCCAAAAGUAUCAGCCAGGGUCAAGGUCAGAGCCAAAAACCCAUCACUGGACAUGCUGUCAGUGCUGAAGCUGAAGCCCCCCGCUCCCCCAAGCCUGCCCAACUACCCUGCCAUUCUCUGCUCACACAGCCCCAUGAACAGGGGCCUUCAGCAGCUGAAAUAAAAUUGGAAGCCAUCACCAGUCGGCUGGAAAGAGAGAUGGAUGCCCAACCAAAGGCUGACUACUUUGGAGUCUGUGUUAAGUGCAACAAGGCGGUGUAUGGAGCCAGCCAGGCCUGCCAAGCUAUGGGUAGUCUCUACCACGACAGCUGCUUCACCUGCAGCGCCUGCAGCCGACGGUUGAGAGGGAAGGCGUUCUACUAUGUCGGAGGGAAGGUUUUCUGUGAAGAGGACUUUCUGUACUCUGGUUUCCAGCAGUCUGCAGACAAGUGCAACGCAUGUGGACAUCUGAUCAUGGACAUGAUCCUGCAGGCCCUCGGGAAGUCGUACCACCCCGGCUGUUUCCGCUGUGUCAUCUGUAAUGAGAGCCUUGACGGAGUGCCCUUCACUGUGGACACUGAAAAUAAGAUCUACUGUCUCAAAGACUACCACAGGGUCCUGGCGCCCAAAUGUGCAGCCUGUAACCAGCCCAUCCUCCCCUCAGAGGGGUCUGAUGAAACCAUUCGAGUCGUAUCCAUGGACAAAGACUAUCAUGUGGAAUGCUAUCACUGUGAGGACUGUAAGAUGGAGCUGAACGACGAGGAGGGUCACCGCUGCUACCCUCUGAAUGGCCACCUUCUCUGCCACUCCUGCCACCUGAAGCACAUGGAGCCCUCCCGCUCCUCACCCAUCACCGCCACCGCCUCCUACUAACACUACUGCAGGUGGAGGGAGACACCUGGUGGAUGUUUGUUGGAACUACCAAAGCGUGAUUGAAAGCGGGAGUGGAUAUGCACAAUUCUUGUUGUAGAGGAUUGAUUAAUGCAGAGCAUCAGAUCAUGCUGUGGUUGGAUGUGUUUUUUCACAGGAAUGUUAAUGAAGUUUUAAUUAUGCCGUAAGAGGUUUUCGCCCAAUAAUGAAGUAUUAUAAUACACCAAAGCCCUACUUUGAACCCAGUGAAGCAUUGCGUUAUACCCGCUGCAUAUUGAUUUUGCAGAAGUGUUGCCAUAUUAUUUUUUAAAAUGUAAAUAUCAGUUGCAUUGGCUGUGUAAAUAUGUUAGUCAACACAUUUGUAACUACACGUUCACACAGUCCAUAAAUUAUCUGUCUAAUGGCUCUGCUGGCUCAUUAGCUAAGCUGUUGGAAAAUAAUGGCUUAAUCAUAAUACAGUUUCUACACGCAGUAAUAACAGUUGGUGUGUACUUACAGAUGAGAAAUAUACAAAAAAGUAAUAAAUUGGUGAGUUUUAUUUAAAUCAUAGCAUAACAAUGACGCCUUCCUUUUCCAGUUUUUACGCAGCUACAGAUUGUUAUUUUCUUCUCAAGGUGGUAACAGCACAAACACAGAGGCCUCUAUUUGGCUUUUUUCAAAUGCAAAUUCUUGUAUGCACUAAAUCAUUUCACGUAACUUUAGCAUGACCAUUCCAUAGAAAUGAUUAACAAUUCCAUUAUCCUCCAGGUUGCUAUGCCUUUGUGUGCUUAGGUCAUACCAUUUCACAGUCAUGUAAUACAUUUUAAUGACUUUUCUUUUUUGUUAAGUCUGAGCAAGCUGCUUCAGAGAGCCAGGUUAUACUAUCACGUCAUAAAUAAAUAGCCAUCAUUCAUCAAACGCAGUCUGUUCCAAGCACUUAGAGAUAGGUUGGUGAGUUUUCUAUGCACCUAUGAAGACUUUGGUAUUAGGCCUGUAGAGCUAUGUAUUUUAUUACGUUUGCAAGCGUAUAUUUAAAAGAAAGAUAUAUAUUGUAGGCCUACAGUAUAUUAGUUGUUUCAUUCUGACUUCUGUGCAAAACUCUUUAAUACUAAUUAGAUUUGCAGUGGAAAGUACUGUUUUGAUCACCUGCCUUUGCCAUCCAAAUAUUCAUGUCUUGAGUUUACUAACUUAAUACUUGCUUGUCAUUUGAGGUCCUGUUUUCAUAGUUAACUGUAGAUUGAGAUGAAGAGCAAACAUUUACAUGUAUGUGCUGUAUGAGUGUUGUAAAGAAAAUAUUUAAUAAAAGCAUUGCAGUAGGCCAAAACUUCA